AUGUUGUUCCUUUAUAUUUUCAUCGAACUUGCGAUGGUGUUUUCACACCUCGCAGCCUUUGGCUCAGCCCUUGCCCCGAGUCGCUCUCCUGUCCGGUCGUUUUGCGACUCUCUUCCCCUGGGACAUGGUACCCCAAUCUUGCCUGACACCCCAGAAGCUUUUCAAGCCUAUGCUCCUUUCGCUGGCGCUGCAUUGUCCGCCACUACGCCUGCUGGUUACAUUCAAUCGUACGCCAACCUGCUCACUACGUACGACACGGCAUCACAGUUCGUUCAUUACAUAUCGAUGGACGAGUACAACGUCGAACAGUGUGCUCAUGCUUGCAAUAGCGAUGACAACUGCAAUGCCUUCACCAUCUUCUUCGAGCGUCAGCCUGUCGUUUCGCCUGCACCCGAACUGUGCCCAAAUCCCCCUUCUACAACCAUCAUCAAGUGUGAUUUGUGGUCCAGCACCAUCCUGCCCGACAUCGCCAUCAACCACGGGCAGCUCCGUGAGCAGUUCCACGUGGUUAUGGCCGGCUCUAACGCCUAUGUCAAGGACAUCAACGGCACCACACCCUCGGUCUCUGAUGACUACACAAUCGAGAAGUAUGACAUGGGCGCUGCUAUCGAAGCACCCCUCGACUGCAACGGUGAGGACACUUAUAUGGGACUGAAACACUGGUCCGAUGGUCACUUCGACGCUCAAAGAUGCAUGGAUGUAUGCAAGGAGACCCACGAUGCUUCGGGCCGCCAAUGCCGCUUCGCCAAUACGUACAUGCAGCGUCGAAAUAAUGUCCCUACCGACCAGCACUGUGACUUGUUCUCCAAAUAUUGGCCAACUCAGUACGCUACCAACAUUGGUCAGCGACGUGGUAGCUCCAACAUCUCCAUCUCCUCAACUGAUUCCUACGGUAUCCGCGACAUCACUGAUGACUUCUCUGCCUGUCUUCCCGGUAAUGACUCCGCUUCUGUCCCCUCCAGCACCCUCGGCGAUCUGGAAGGCCAAAAAGCGACCACUUUGACGACCCGUACACGGCCUCAAGUCGUCUGGGCUACGCAUCCUUCCUCCAAGUCCUUUACUUACCCUGUCAUCGCCCCCGAGUCAUUCAGCGACUGGGACCCCGUCAAGGAGACUACCACAUACACCACUCCUGCCGCGUCUGCCUUCUCUUCUGAUUUCACUUCCGCUGUUGUAGCUCCAGAGACCUUCUCAGACUGGGAUCUCGUCCUUGAAACGGGUACUUACGUGAAGCGUCAGCUCGUUAUUCCCACCGAUGUCCCUGUAGUCACAGAUGUACCGGAUCUCUUAGAGGUGUUUUCUGAUAUCGCUACGAGACAAUAG